AUGUCGGAGAAAGAUCUGGAGUCGGCCUUCUCUCAGAUCAGUCUGGCUUUCUGCUGUGAUCAGUACACCCUGAAGCAGCGGCUGCAGGCGGAGGAGCACGCCCGCAACAUGGCCGAGGAGAACAUUCAGCUGGAGCUGACCAGAGGCAGAGAGACCCUGGAGACACUGAAGGGCCUGUGUCUGGACAGUAAGCGCAGUCAGAUCCUGCAGAAGCUGGAGCUCUCUCUGGACAUCCUUGGUGGGACGGUGGAACGCAUCUCCAACACGGCCGAGGUCCUCGGGGCCGUGCACCAGGAGGCUCGAGUGAGUCGGGCAGUGGAGCUCAUGGUGGCUCAUGUGGAGAAUCUGAGGAGGCGACAUGACAGAAACGCAGCCGAGAUGGAAGAGACCAAGAAGAUGAUCCAGCAGCAAAACUCCUGCAGAAACCUCAUCGACCCCAGAGCCUCACCAGGUUUCUCCUUUACUUCAGUCCGUCUGUUUGUCUGA